AUUUUAUUUUAUUUUUAUAGAUGGACUGGGGAGAAUGAGGAGGACACGAGGACCCACUCGAGCACGGGAUGUGUGGAAUCUACAUGAGGAUGAGAAGAUCGUUGUCCAUUGCAAUGAACUGGGGCAGCCCAUCAAGAGGGUUGCAAGUAUUUUAUCGACUUUUCUAGGAUCGGUUGCGCGGAAUGGUCAGUUGUGUCCGCUCAACUAUACGAAAUGGAAUGAAAUGCUUCCUUCAUAUAAGGUUGAGCUUCUUAAAGUUAUUGAGCGUAAGUUUUUGCUUCCUAAAGAGAGCCAUGAUUGGGUGUUGAAGUCCGUCAACCGCAAGUGGAAAGAAUAUAAGGCCAAGUUAAAGGCGCACUGGAAGCAAGAUGGUAUGACAGAAGAGGAGGUUGCCCAUGUUUGUCCUCCUGAUGUAAUCCCUCAUCAGUGGAGGGAGCUUGUCCACUACUGGUUUUCCGAGAAACAUGUAUCAAGAUAA